AUGAAGAAAAGCCAAAAAUAUGGCCCAAUACGAUCCACUACUCGACGACGACCAGCUCCAGACGGAGCUUCUAAAGACUCUCGAUCAAGAGCGACGUCAUUCGUCUCAAAUUCGACGAAUUCACUUCUGCUAUCUCUGCUCGGAUCGAGCAAUUCGAAGGCUACGCUCGGCAGAUUUCUAAAACCCGCCUUGGAAGUGCUUGUUGCACGUUCAACUCCACGUUCUGCCUGUAUAUUCUGUACACUAGAAGAGAACGUUGAUUCUCACCCAAGCGGGCGCUGUCCACGGUACCCAAACACGUACUCACGUACGUUCCAAGUAUCAAAAAUGGGAUUGUGUGGACAGUGCUUAAAGCCGGCACACGAAGCGGCGUGUAAGGUCAUGUGCGGAAUAUGCCGCCAACCUCACAAUGCUUUACUGUGCCCGGUCAAAGCAAAUACUUUCACAAAGAAAAGAAAGUAUUGA